CGCGGGAGGACUCUCUCUAAACUCCCUGAACUUCGGGAACAAGCCCCCCAAAGGGCGAAACUCUCAGGGACCCCCACCCCGGGCGGCGCGCCCUCGACGACCUCCUUUCGCCGAGCCCCGCUGCUGACAAGUGCCUGGACUCCGAGGACCUCAGGAGCUCGGCCGGAGCUGAGCGUGCCCCAGCCCCGUGCCUGGUCACGAUGCUCGUGAGGAAAGUGCCCGGCUUCGUUCCGGCCUCCCCGUGGGGGCUGCGGCUGCCGCAGAAGUUCGUCUUCCUCCUCUUCCUCUCCGGCCUGGUCACCCUGUGCUUCGGGGCCCUGUUCCUGCUGCCCAACUCGUCUCGCCUCAAGCGCCUCUUCCUGGCCCCUCGGACCCAGCAGCCCAGCCUGGAGGCAGUGGCCCAAGUCGCCAGCCACCCGCGGGCCCGCGGACAGGAGUCACCUCCCAACCCGGCCCCCGCGGCUCCAGCCCCGGGAGAGGAUGACCCCGGCAGCCAAGCCAGUUCCCGGCGCAGGAAAGGCUGGCUGCGCCGCACGCACCCCACCGGACCCCGGGAGGAAGCCACGGCGACCCGGGGCGGCGGCGCCACGGCCCUCAGACCCCAGGAGGGGAGCGUCCCCUCUAGCUUUGACUUCAAGGCGUUCCGGAGCCGCCUUCGCCACCCGGUCCUGGGGACUAGGGCCGACGGGAGUAAGGGGCCCCAGAGCCUAGUUCAGACCCAGCGGGAGAAAAUCAAGGAGAUGAUGCAGUUCGCCUGGCAGAGCUACAAGCGCUACGCGAUGGGGAAAAACGAGCUCCGGCCCCUCACCAGAGACGGCUACGAGGGCAACAUGUUCGGAGGCCUCAGCGGGGCCACGGUCAUCGACUCCCUCGACACCCUCUACCUCAUGGAGCUGAAGGAGGAGUUCCAGGAGGCCAAGGCCUGGGUUGAAGAGAGCUUCCACUUGAACGUGAGCGGAGAAGCGUCCUUGUUCGAAGUGAACAUCCGGUACAUUGGAGGACUGCUCUCAGCCUUCUACCUGACUGGAGAGGAGGUGUUCCGGAUAAAGGCCAUCAAGCUGGGAGAGAAACUCCUGCCAGCCUUCGACACCCCCACGGGAAUCCCAAAAGGCGUGGUGAACUUCAAAAGCGGCUCCAACAGGAGCUGGGGCUGGGCCAUGGCAGGGAGCAGCAGCAUCCUGGCGGAGUUUGGGUCUCUGCACUUGGAGUUCUUACACCUCACCCAGCUCUCUGGCAACCAGGUCUUCGCAGAAAAGGUCAGGAACAUCCGAAAAGUCCUUCGGGAAAUUGACAAGCCCUUCGGCCUCUACCCCAACUUCCUCAGCCCGGUGAGCGGGAACUGGAUGCAACACCACGUCUCGGUUGGAGGACUCGGGGACAGUUUUUAUGAAUAUUUGAUCAAGUCCUGGCUGAUGUCGGCCAAAACAGAUAUGGAAGCUAAAGAUAUGUACUACGAAGCCUUGGAGGCAAUAGAGACCCACUUGGUGAAUGUCUCUCCCGGGGGGCUGACCUACAUCGCCGAGUGGCGAGGGGGGAUCCUGGACCACAAGAUGGGGCACCUGGCCUGUUUCUCCGGGGGCAUGAUCGCCCUUGGCGCUGAGGAUGCCAAGGAAGAAAAGAGGGCCCACUACCGAGAGCUCGCAGCCCAGAUCACCAAGACGUGCCACGAGUCGUACGCCCGCUCAGAUACCAAACUGGGGCCCGAGGCCUUCUGGUUUAACUCGGGCAGAGAGGCCGUGGCCACACAGACGAGCGAGAGCUACUACAUCCUACGGCCGGAGGUGGUGGAGAGCUACAUGUACCUGUGGCGGCAGACCCACGACCCCAUCUACAGGGAGUGGGGCUGGGAAGUGGUGAUGGCCUUGGAGAAAUACUGUCGGACGGAAGCUGGGUUCUCUGGGAUCCAGGACGUGUACAGUAAGGUUCCCAACCACGACAACAAGCAGCAGACGUUCUUUCUGGCGGAGACUCUAAAGUAUCUCUAUCUUCUGUUCUCUGAAGAUGACAUGCUCUCCCUGGAAGACUGGGUGUUCAACACAGAGGCCCACCCACUCCCCGUGAACCACUCGGACAGCUCCGGCCAGGGCGGGGGCUGACACCCACCCGGAUCCCUGCCGCUCCCGGGUCACCUCUUCUAGAUUUGGGGGUUGUUCUCAAACGGAUUGGGAACGUGGGCCCCUGCCCGGCAGACCCAGCCGAUGUGUUGGACGAGCAACUUCUUUUCCUCUGUGAGGAGACAGGACUUGGAGAUGCGGAGAUGUCACACCAGGCCCAGACAUUCCUUUCCACAGAGAAUUUCUGUGAAGCCUGCUCUCUCGCCAUUCCAGGGCCAAAGCACCGGAGGUUUGCAUUGCAGCCUCAUGGAUUUGAUUCACUUCCUUUCCUUUUGGCGGUUUAUUGGGUUUUGCUUGAUUUUGCCUUUUCUCUACAGUUGUGUUUUUAUCACAGAUUAUAAGUAUAGUUUUCAAAAUCAUGUGCUUUCAAAAAUGCUGUCAUCCUGAUAAACUAAACCUUAAAGUGUUUGCACUCACAUACACAAACAUACAAAAUCUUGACCCCAUUUUCUAUGUUUUGAAUUCCUUUUGCCCAACAUUUACUAUAUGUUCAAUUAUGUGUCAUUUAUCUUAUAAUUUGAGAAAGAGUUCUCCUUUGAUUUGGGCCAGUUAUGAAUCACUAGUGCUGUUUUCAUUACUGUAAUGGAAAAAUCUGUAAAGUUACAAUAAAAGAGUUUAUUGAAUAAGAAA